GCGCACAGAACAUGAAAUGGGUCGGUGGGAUUCAGUUGUUAUGGCUUCAUCAUCCAGACGGGAUUUUUAAUGUGUGGGGUUACAGUUGGAGCUACUGCGAUGUUAUAUGGAAGUUAAAAUACUCAAAUGGAGAGGCACAUAGUUUAGUGCUCUGCAAUACUUAUCCUCUUUAAUGCAGAUUCUCUGUCACAGUGAGCAUAGACCUGCUGUCACAUUGAGGGUGGUACUGCCAUAUACCGUAAAACCACUGACCCAUUUAAAGUAAGCCUCCAGAAGUAAGCUGUCCCUGAGCCUUGACUGUUACACACUGCUGCUAUAUAUACAACAUACGUGACAAAUGGCAGCUUCAGCUGUGUGCUAUUAAAAGCACACAAAAUCCCUGUGCACUGGCUGGUGGAGCUGCUGUUUCAUAGCUGGAGGAGGACCUAGUGGGUAAGAUUCCAAUCACUGAUACCUUCAACACAGGACAAACAAGCUGAAACUCUCGCAUCAAGAUCACACAUCUAACUUAUGCUUUCUUUUGGAAUAUAUAUGGAAUAUAUUUGGAAGAAUAUAUUUAGCACAUUUCUAAACACAAAAACUGUACAUGGUGUGGAUACGCUUGGGGUGAGGAGAGUUCAUACACAUGCUCUUGUGAGACAUAUUCCACGGUAUUACUGGAUAUCAAACAAGAUAAUGAAGAUUUAAAUUUUCCAACACUAUGGAUCUGGAAAACAGUGUGAAGACAGGCAUGAGCACAGUUUUGCUGGUGCCUGCUGUGGCAGUGAUCACAGCCGGAAUAUUUUAUCUGUACGGUGCGAUACUCCAACUUCUGAGCAAAGCAACCGUUCGAAACAAAGUAGUACUGAUAACAGAUUCGUUAUCAGCACUUGGCAAAGAGUGCGCCAAGCUCUUCCACAGGGGAGGUGCCCGGCUGAUCCUUUGUGGGAAGAACUGGGAAAAGUUGGAGUCACUUUCAGAGCAGCUGAUGAAUGGCUCUGACCGUACUUUAACAUUCCCACCAAAGCUAAUGGAGUUAGACUUCAGUGACGUGGAGACAAUGCCUGACGUGGUGUCAGAUGUGCUGGAUGCCUAUGGCUGCCUGGAUGUGCUUAUCUUCAACAGCAGUGUGAAAGUGAAGGCACCCGUGCAGUCCCUGUCUCUGGAGCUGGACAAGACGGUCAUGGACGCCAACUAUUUUGGGCCCAUCACACUGGCCAAAGGAGUCCUGCCCUCUAUGAUAUCCAGAAGGGCUGGUCACAUGGUUCUGGUGAACAGCAUCCAGGGGAAACUGGCUGUGCCUUUCCGCACCAGUUAUGCUGCCUCAAAACAUGCGAUCCAGGCCUUCUUCGACUGCCUGAGGGCUGAAGUCCAGGAGUACGGCAUCUCCAUUAGCACCGUCAGCCACACCUUCAUUAAAGCCACGACCUCACCCCACCCGACCCCGAAAACAAACUCUAUCUGGUCUGCCUUCACCAGACAGAAACAUCAUGGCAUUUCACCGGAGGAGAUGGCCAGUGAACUUCUGAAAACUCUGAGCAGCAAAAAGAGUGAGGUCAUCAUGGCACACUCUGUCUCUAAAGCAGCCAUCUAUGCCAGGUCUCUCCUCCCCAACUUCUUCUUCUCUGUAAUGGCUGCAGGAGUGAGGAGUGGUACACCUACUAAGUAUGAGCACUGAGGGAAAAUUGCCUUGUUUGAAAGUUUUGAGAACAAAUUGUAUUUGUCAUAAUAAUUUGCUGAAAUUUGUACAAAUUGUGGUACAAUUAUAAUGAUUCAGUGGACAGUUUAAUUUGUACAAUUCCCAGUUAUUGUAUUUUUAAUACAAAGACCUGUUGGUAAGUCAGAUUUAAAAAGUAGAAUAAGGUACUACAAUUCCCUUUGUAUAAAAUUGAUUAUAUCAGAGAUCAUUAAAACCUUGAAAAUAAUAAAUCAACGCUUGAUCA